AUGCUUGAAAGCAAUCCGAUACCCACAACGACGACCGCUGGUUUCACUAACAUCAAUACAUCACCAACAAGCAAUACAAUAGGUAGUAUUUUUACUCCCGAACAAGUUGCUUGUGUGUGUGAAGUACUUCAACAAAGUAAUGAUAUUCAACGGCUCGGUGAUUUUUUAUGGACAUUACCAACAUUUGAACAUUUUCAUAAUAAUGAAAGUGUUGUAAAAGCUAAAGCAGUUGUUGCAUUUCGUCGAGGAAAUUAUCGUGAACUUUAUCAUAUUUUAGAACGUUAUCAAUUUGCACCAUGUAGUCAUCCACAAUUACAACAAUUAUGGUUACAAGCACAUUAUAAUGAAGCUGAAAAAAUACGUGGUAGACCAUUAGGUGCUGUUGGUAAAUAUCGUGUACGACGAAAAUUUCCUUUACCACGUACAAUAUGGGAUGGUGAAGAAACAAGUUAUUGUUUUAAAGAAAAAUCACGUAAUGUAUUACGUGAUUGGUAUCUACAUAAUCCUUAUCCAUCACCAAGAGAAAAACGUGAAUUAGCUGAAACAACUAGUUUAACAACAACACAAGUAUCAAAUUGGUUUAAAAAUCGACGACAACGUGAUAGAGCAUCAGAAACAAAUGAUAGGCAAGUUGUUGUGUUUUCUUUUUAA